AAAAAAAAAAAAAAGAUGUCAGAAGUCCCUAGUGACAGCACCCCCUCUGGAGAAGCAUGGUGUAGCCUGUGUUUGGUGUUGCCAGGAGACUUGAAGAACAGUAACACAAGAAACAACUGUUUAUCCACUUCCCCUGCAACACAUCUAAUUAUGGAAGUUAUGGAAAACUCUGAUGAGGCGGACCAGUCUAACGAGAAGGAGAGGCUGAAGAUGAGAGUAGCUGUCCUGGAGGAGAGUGUUAAGUCGUCUGAGGUGGAGUGUAAAGUGAGCAGAGAGACGGUGCUGAGGCUGGUGGCAGAACUGGACCGAGAGCGGAGGAAGGCUGCCGGCAGUGCGGCGGCACUCGAUUCACUCAAAGUGGAGUUCGAUGGCCUGGCGGUGGGAAGGAGGAGUGUUGAGAUGGACAAAGAAACCCUAAUGGAGAGGCUUGAGGCCAGCAAGAGAGUGAUAGAGGCAGCCAGGCGGGAGUCGAACUGUCUGGAGAAACAGGCGGAGGAGCUUGAGAGAAAGCUCCAGUCGAGCCACGGGGAGACUCGGGCAGCUGAGGACAAACUAAAGGUGUUCCUGAAAAAGGUGGCAGGCCGGCUGCAGGCCCAGUCUGACAAUGUCAUCCUGCCCACAGAGAAAGAUGUUUUACUGGAACUGGACAAGGCCGUGUCAGAGAUGGACACCAGGCUGCGUCAUGUCUCUGCGGAGCUGAGAGAGCAGACGGAGCUCCAGCACAGCGCACUACAGAGGGCGCAGCUUGCGGAGCGUCAAGUCCAGGACCUGAGGGAGAGACUGCAAGUUGUGGAGACGGAGCUGCUGACGGCGGACAUGCAUCGCGACGGGCUGCGACACAGCACACAGCAUUAUGAGGAGUUCCUGGAACAGCUGUCAGAGACAAUGAUGGUGGACAGUAUUGCUCUGGAUCUGGGCUUCGACAUGAGGCUGAAGCUCAUCUUGUCACGUGCAGAACAACUUGCCAAAAAAGAAGGGACUGCUCUGGUGGAGAGCAAAAGUCUGACGUACAGUUUACAGAGAAAGUUAAAGUCCCAAAAGGACCACCUGGAGAGCAAGGGACUCCACCUCCAGCUCCUGAGGAAGAAGGUGUCAGACCUGGAGGAGGAGAGGAGGUGUCGCUCAUCGUUGGCCGUGCAACGAGACGACGCCCAUCUGGAGGCCAGGAAGCUGCAGAGGAGACUGGAGCGUCUCCAAGGCGAGCUGAAGGCCACCAGGAAGUCCAACACUGAACUCAAGGCCCAGCUCUCUCACACUAAUGAGCUCAAGUUGAAAGUCAUGGAACAGAGUCAGAGCGCGCAGGAGCAGAGAAAGAGGCUGGAUCUGCUGGCGGAGGCGAAGGCCGAGGUGGAGAAGACGCUGGGUUCAGUGAGCUCAAACCUGCGGAGCCGAGAGGAGAAGAGCCGCGAGGACCAGCGACAGCUCGGCGACCUCAGACAGAGCCUGGCUCAGCUGUCGGACAGGGAGAGAGACUUGCUGGAUUUCCGGAUGGUGAUUUCCCAAAUGCUCGGUUUGGACGCCACGGCCCCGGCUCUGCCAAAUUACGAAAUCAUCAAAUUACUGGAGACCAUUCUUCACACUCAUCACCACCACCACCACCUUCAUCACCACGUGAACACGCCCUGGCACUGUCCUACUCACCAGAGGCCUCAUCUCUGCCAAAUCCAAGAUCUAACCGACAGCUCCUCCUUCGACGCUUGUACCUCCAGGUCAGCUCGUCCAGAAGAUGCAGUUUCCCUCUAACAAACCUUUAAACAUCUUGCUUGAGACAAACCAAACUUGGAACCUAAAGGUAUUAUAGUGGAAAUGAAAAUAGACCUUAUACAGUAUGAAAUUAUCUCCCUUCUGUGUUUUCAGGAAAAACUCAGUAUAAAUAUGCUUCACUGAUGAUUCACUGAACAAAUAUUAGAAAUGUAAAAUCACAUUCAAAAAAAUCUAAUAAAAAGACAAAUAUCAAAAUAA